CAUCUUUAUUUUAGUCCGAUCGAAGCAUUCGAAAUGGGUAGAACAAAAAUAAACGUAGUUUUAUUAAUGAUCCUCAAACUAUUCUUGGUGGGCACAACAACAGGAGAAGAGACGAACGAGAACGACCGACAUAUAAAAGAACUGAGCAGCAGUCAUACCUAUAAAAAUGUGAACCAUUUGCAUUUGAACUUUUUGCGAGGUCGUAGUGAGUUAGACCAAAGUGAAAUUAAGGAAAAGCAUAUAAGUGAAAUAAAUGCUGAUCUUAUGAAGAAGUAUCAUGAAAUUGUAGCAAUUCAUGAAAAGCUCAUGAAGGAGACAUUUCAAUUAGAUGAGUAUAAAAACAAAAUAAUAAGAAAAGAAAACGAUUUGCAAUUGUGUCAAAGUAAAGUUGAUAAAUUAGAAUCUGAGAUUAAUUCACAACAAACAACUAUAAACAAAUUAACACUUAAUGCAAAUUUUCUUGCGAGUUAUGAUGAGUGUAAAGAAGAAUUAUCAGAUAAAUCUAACAAAUUAGAAAUAUGUGAAGAUCAAUUAAAAAAACUGAAUUCUAGUGUUAUUGAAAAAGAUGAGAAAAUUUCUGAAUACUCCGCAACAAUUCAAAACAUCACAGAACAUCAGAAAACAAUUAGUUUGAAAUUAGAAGAGAAGCAAACCGUGUUAUUUAAAAAAGAUAAAGACAUUGAAAUAUGCCAUGAAGAAAUUGUUAAAUUAAAUAGGACAUCAGAUAAUAAUAAUAUUCCUUCAAGUUGUCUCCCUUUCGGAGAACAUCCUGGUGUGCAUGAAAUUAAAGUUUCUGGUGUUGGUUCCUUCGAUGUUCUAUGCGAUAGUCAGUUAGCUGGGCCUGGUUGGAUAGUAAUACAACAGCGUAUUGGUGGAAAAGAAAACUUUAUCAGGGAUUGGGCCACAUAUCGCAAAGGUUUCGGUUCAUUGGAUAGUGACUUUUUCCUAGGAUUAGAAAAGAUAUAUCGACUAACGAGUCAGCAGCAAUACGAACUCUACAUACAUUUGGUUGCCGAAAAUGGCAACAGCUUCUACGCUCGAUAUGAUGACUUCAAAAUAUCCGAUGAAUACCGUGGAUACGCACUAAGCUUGGGUGAAUUCAAGGGAAAUAUUUCGGAUGCGAUGAGAGACAGCGAAUACAUGAAAUUCGCAACAUUCGAUCGGGAUAAUGACCAUCUGUCUGGUAAUUGUGUAGUUUGGCAAAGAAUUGGCUGGUGGUACAACUAUUGUUUAGCUUGGUAAAUAUUUCAAAUUGAUAUUUUUGAUGUAUUAGUAUACAUGUUUAAUAAUUUUUUCCUAUGCAGUAACUUAAAUGGAUCAUACGGCGAGUCUCUAGAAUGGUGGACUGAAACUGAAACAAAAACUAAUCUCAGAGAAGUUAAGAUGCUUAUUCGUCCCAAAGAAGAAAAAAAUAAGAAAAUUCGAAAUCAGAAUCCUUUUUUAUACGAUUGAAAUCUGUUAAAAAUAUUAAUGUACGCAUAUGAUAUUGAUAAGUAUCGAUAACUAAACUUAGCAGUGCAUUAACAUUAACAUCUGCACUGCACAUAAUUAUGUAAACU